AUGUGUAUUGCGGUGAUCUCAACCGCUCACCCUCUCUACUCAUUAAUCAUCAUCGACAAUAGAGAUGAAUAUCUCCGUCGGCCGACCUCGUCGCUGGACUGGUGGCCGGAGCCGUCCUCUUUUGUCCUCGGCUCACGCGACUUAGCCCGAGCCGAGAACGGAACUUGGAUGGGCGUCACCAAGCAAGGGAAAAUUGCAGUGCUCACCAACUACCGUGAGAACAAGUCUGCCGAAGCUGUCGGUUGGAAAAGUCGUGGCAAAAUCGUCAAUAGCUGGUUGACGAGCCCUCCAUCUGAACAGCAGACCACCCGUGACUUCGUGCAGGCCAUGGUUGCCAGCCCCGAAGCCAAGCAGGUGGGUGGGUUCAGUCUCGUGUGCGGUCACAUCAACGAGCCCUUGGCCAUCGUUUCCAACCGUUCCCACGAUAUGGAUCAGAUAACUUGGGUAGCAUCCGAGAAGGACCAGACGCGAGGGCUCAGCAACACCAGCGUGGAUGACCGAACCUGGCUGAAGAUCGUGGAUGGCGAGAGGCUGACGGAGACUGCCAUCAAAGAACACGCCCAGGCGCAGGAGGAUGAGGAUGCUCUCGUUGAGCGUCUCCUUCAGGUGCUAAGUACAGAUACUCUGCCUCGAUUGCCGGAAGAGAACAAUAAUCUCGAUGAUUACAUUACAUAUAUAACGAAGAGCAUCUUCGUUCCUGUUCUCAGGACCGAAAAAGCGGCUGCAGCAUGCGCCGACGAUGAAACCAAGAAGUCGCAAUCGAACGGGCUUAUGGAUCAGAGGUAUUUCAGUGGACUGUAUGGCACGCAGAAGCAGACCGUUCUCCUUGCACGACCGGAUGGGCGAAUACGGUACUUUGAGCGGACACUAUACGACAACCAGGCCAAGGCCGUUCCUAUCGGUCAAGGCGACAAGUGCUUCGAAUUUACCGUUUCACCCGAGAAGGUGAACCUCAAUAGACAGUGA